AUGGAGCGUCAAGUACAAGAACUUCUAGCCCAGCUCGAAAGAGAGAAACAACUGCGGGAAAUUGCAGAAGGAGAGGCAGAAAAGGAAAGACAACUUCGACGAGAGGAGCAGCGCCGACGCAGGGAAGUGGAAGAACUUCAACGGGAGGAGCAGCGCCGACGCGAAGAAGCAGAAGCGGAUUUGGAACCUACAGCGUUACCAAGUUUCCUCCGCGCCUGUCACAAGCUUUUGCUCGCAAUUGAUAUUGUGACGGACCCUACAAGAACGACUCAGGGUGCCGUAACGAAACCAACUAAUCGGAUGGUUCCUUCGCGCAUUACGAUAUGGGACACAUUCAUCGAAGAGCAGAUGACAGUAUGGGAGAAACUCAAUGACCAUGCGUCCUUUUUCUCCGAAAAGCUGUUUCCAUCAAGACACCAGCUUAUGUAUGUUCGCCAGCUCAUCACCCCCAUAACUUCAGAAUGGGACCUUCGAUAUUACGAACGAGAUACUGUGGAAAACCACGUCCGCCGUAUUGUCGACCAGAUCACUGAAAAUAAAGAUCUCAAGGACGCGCUUGGUCUGCAAGGUUCCGUCACAUUUGAAAGCCAUACAAAUCUAGGGAGGACCGAAGGAGUUUCGGUAAAGCCUACGACGGAAACUGGACCAUCAACCACUGCAAAAAGUAACACCCAGAGCAAGAAAUCUACCGCGAUCACAAGAGGGCAAGCAGAUCAAUUCUGUAUUUACCGACAAGAGGGCAAUGCACACAUUCCUGCAAUUGCAAUUGAGUAUAAGGCGCCUCACAAGCUCACACAAGCUGAAAUCGAGAAGGGGCUAGCUAAAGAGAUUCAACCAAUUAGGGAUGUGGUUGGUCAGGAAUCUGAUGAUGUUGAAUUCUGCUGUAGAAGGCUGGUUGCUGCAGUUAUAACUCAGCUCUUUUCCUAUAUGGUGCAGAAAGGGAUACGUUACGGUUACGUGUGCACUGGGGAAUCCUUUAUAUUCGUUUAUAUCCCGGGCGAUCCCAAUUCUGUUCAAUGUGCUCUUUGCAAACCUCAAGAAGUUAAGAAGGAUAAUCUUCAGUUAACGGCCGUUGCGCAGGUUCUCGCGUUCACAAUUAGAGCGUUGACUGCCCUACCAAUUUCCCAGACAUGGUAUGAUACUGUUUCGGAGCUUGAUGUCUGGCCCGUGGAGUAUUCUGAAAUUCUGGAGCAGACGCCACCAACAGCCCGCCUUAAACAGGUUUCUCCCUUAUACCGUGGUAGACAACCGCGUAACCUACCCCCUUUUGGGAUGACGCUACAAUCCAGAUGCCGGUCUUCUGAAGAUGAACGCCGAUCGACAAGCUCGUCCUCGCCAUCUCCUUCUCCCUCUUUUUCACUGGCACUGUCACGCGCCGGAAUCCGUGGCCAAACCCAAAAGGAGGGCACUGCCCAAUCCGGAUCAGAUAGAAAUCCUGGAGAGUCAUCAGGCCACAAAGAAGCCGGCGGCACUAAGCGUGUGUAUAAUAGUAUUUACUUAUACCCAUACUGUUCCCAGCGCUGUCUCCUUGCGCUUAAGGAUGGGGGCCCACUUGAUCCCUUGUGUCCCAACUAUCAGGACCACCAGAAAGGCCGAAUUAAUGUAGAAGAUUUCCGUUCUAGUAUCCGGACACAGCUCGCUACGGAUCGUGGUUACAAUCCCGAUUGUGGUCCAGUUUACAAACCAGGUAGCUGCGGUCAAUUAUUUAAAGUGAGACUUUCAUUAUAUGGUUAUACCCUAGUCGCCAAGGGCGUGGAAUACCAAGAUCUGCAUAAACUCGAACAUGAAAUGCGGGUUUACAACCAGCUUCGAGAUCUCCAGGGCGAAUGUAUUCCGGUGUGCCUUGGUAUAGUCGAGCUGACACCAGGACUACCCCAGUACUUUGAUGGAGGAGUCUACACCCAUAUGUUAUUUCUAAGUUGGGCGGGAGAAUCAAUCCGAAAAGACAAAAAGUCCGGCUAUACGUUGGAUACUGUAUCUACGGCAUAUGAUGCUCUCAAAACUAUUCAUUCGAAGGGGGUUCUCCACGGUGACGCGGAGCCACGAAAUAUACUAUGGAACCCAAUCUAUCAACGUGUCAUGAUAGUUGAUUUUGAGCGAGCUACUAUACGGAGGCCCCUAUCCGAUGUGUCCGUCAACCCAGCAAGAAAGAAAAGGAGAUUAAUGGCGACUUGCUUUAACAAAGAGCUUCAAGGCAUGAAGGCUGCGCUUGGGGGUGAUGUUGCAUGGCCUGUGCCUCCUUGA